UGAAUUAUAGCUAUUGUUUGAAUUUAUAAAUAGCUUUUUAAAUCCACAAAUAUAUGAGGUGCUGCUUUCAAUGGCAGGUCUCUAGCAUGGUGCACUGCUUCUUUCGAAAAGCCUGUGCAAUUGGCUGCUGGCCGUAUUCCUCAGUUAUCUGCUGGGAGGAGAAGGGAAAGGAGAAAGAUAGGAGGAGAAGGGAAAUUAGUGGAGGAGAAGGGAAAGGAGUAAGAUAGGAAGAGAAGAGAAAGGACUGGAGGAGAAAGAGGUGGAGAGGCAACGUCACAAUUCCAUCAAGUUUUUUCUGAGAGGCAUUUUAAAGGCAACAUAAUGGUCAGACUAAUAGGUAAUCUAUAUAAAGAUAUAAAGGCGCAUCUUUCAGGGCUCCUACUUAAAAGUGUACCUUUAACAGCGCAUCAUUAAGGACGCGUCUCUAAAAGCGCACAUUUAAUAAAAGCGCGCAUUAGCCCCCGGCGAUGACGGAGUGUGAGCCAAAGAGCCGCCCGGUGCUCCUCUUCUGCUGCCUCGCCCUCGGCUAUGCCGUCUACCUGGCGCUCGGAGCAGCCGUCUUCUCCGCGCUGGAGCUGCCGUACGAAGCGCUCCUGCGGCAGGAACUCCGGGCCAUCAAGCUCCGCUUUCUCCGGGACAACGACUGUGUGGCGGACGAUCGCCUGGACGCACUCCUGUCUAAAGUCCUGGAGGCCGGCAACUACGGCGUGUCGGCGCUGAACAACGCGUCGGCUGGUUGGAACUGGGACGUGGCGUCGGCGCUGUUCUUCGCCAGCACAGUGCUGUCCACCACGGGCUAUGGACACACAGUUCCUCUGUCUGAUGGAGGCAAGGCAUUUUGCAUCUUGUAUUCUGUGAUUGGGAUCCCCUUCACCCUCCUCUUCCUCACUGCGGUGGUACAGAGGAUCAUGGUUUUCACCACAAGACGUCCAGUGGAGUAUGCCCAGCAGCAUUGGGCACUGACCCACUCCAGGGUGGCUUCUGCCCACGCAGUAGUGCUGGCAGUCCUCUCUGUCACUCUCUUUUUCAUUGUCCCUGCCAUCAUAUUCUCUGUCCUUGAGGAGGAAUGGAACUUCCUGGAGUCCUUCUACUUCUGCUUUAUCUCCCUCAGUACCAUUGGACUGGGCGACUAUGUCCCUGGAGAGGGACACAAUCAGAGGUACCGGCAACUCUACAAAGUUGCCAUCACAGUUUACCUGCUUCUAGGCCUCAUUGCCAUGCUGGUGGUCCUGGAGACCUUCUGUGAGCUGCAGCAGCUGAAGCAGCUGAGGAGGCUUUUCUACCUGAGGAAGGAGAAGCCGGAGGAGCAGCUGGCCAUCCUGGACCAGGACCAGCUUUCCAUCUGCUCAGGGUCUGACCAUACAGCCUCCUUCAGGCAGGGCAGGGCGGAGGCCCUCGCAGAUACUCCCAGUCCUCUGGGGGAGCAGCCCCUGACCCCAUGACAGCUGCCGUGAUGUAAUGACCUACCGGUGACUAUUCAUUAAGCACAGUGCACACUGCUGAUCGAUAGCUAGUCAGCUAAGUCAUGUCUUAUUACCGGCUUAUUAAUUUACCUUGGCUAACGAAGCAGCCAUAUUGUGAUGCUACUGUAUCUCAGGGGCAAAGUCAGCUGAAGAGCAGGGUUUGGAUGUGUGAGUGUCGCUGAAUUUCUGUAUGUUCAGUAAGCUAAUACUCUCCAAAGGCUAGGCCGGCUUGUUUUUUUAAACAUACUCGUAUAAAGGUAUUGUACCUCUAUUCAGAUAACGUCAUUAUCUUUAGUGAUGUUAUAGACUUAAUGUUGCAUUGUUUGUAGGGAAAAAAGCUGCAUUUGACUCACUUGCCAAAUUCUCCAUAUUAUUAUCUCCACUUGUUAUGACUCCAAUGUAAAGGCUUUAUUUCUUGAUUCAUUUUUAAAGUUCUCUUUAAUUCUCUUGCCCAUGGUUUUUCACGCAAAGGAGUGUAGGACCAUAGUCAUUCCACGGUUCCUGACUAAUCCUAUAGUGACUAUAAACUUAGAGUGAUGGUUAUCAGGAGGUGUGUCUCUGGAAACCAUGGAAACGAGGUGGGAGAAUAAAUAAUCACAAAGCAGCACCAUGCUGCUGUCACGGUGACGGCAGCUAAUGUUCUCACACAGAGUAUGAGCUGAGAUGCUGCCAUCUCGGGGUCGCUGCCGAAAUCUCGGGGUGGCUGCCGCCGUCUCGGGGUCACUGCCGCCAUCUCGGGGUCGCUGCCGAAAUCUCGGGGUGGCUGCCGAAAUCUUGGGGUCGCUGCCGCCAUCUCGGGGUCGCUACCGAAAUCUCGGGGUCGCUGCCGCCAUCUUGGGGUCGCUACCGAAAUCUCGGGGUCGCUGCUGCC